AUGAGUGUCGCCCGGCCAGCAGCACGCUGCCUUUUUUGUUCCUUUUCUCGAACUGCACCUGUCCCAGCUCUUUCACGACUGCUUCGACGCCAAUUUCACCCAUCUCCCCCCCGAUUCGAGGAAGAUGAGAACCGCUUCGACAUUUCCACAAAGUUCAAACCCGAGCAUUUUAAACGGUAUAGUGAGAAGGAAAAGUCCCUCCUUAAGGAGGAAUACACCAAGGCACAAAUCGCUGCCAUUGAAGCGGGUGAAAAUGCUAUUGACCCAGAUGACCUAUUAUCACAACAUCGACAGCGAACCGACUACUAUUCAUUCCAGUACCUUGACGACUUUUCUACAAUCGAACCUGUUAUUGAUCACCAUAAGCGUGCGCCUCAGACAAACUAUGACCCUAACUCCCGCUUAAAAACCGAAGAUGAAAUCGAUGAAGACAUAGAGACAUUUAUCGACGAAUUCCCUGAAGAUGGAGACAUGGUAGACUACAGACGGUUUACCGAUAAUACGCGUUUAACUGUUGGUAAAUCUGAAGCCGAACUUGACGCAUGCAGUUCUCUGGUACCGGAACUUUUCGAACCUGGGGAGACACUUGAGAAUAUUGGUGGACAUAAAGAAGAAAAGAAAAUAGAUAACAAAAUGGAGAACAAAAAAGAAGAUGGAGAAGAAGAAGACAUUCCUGUGGGCCUUCAAACAUUAUGUAAAGUCACUGGCUAUUCACUGGAAGAAAUACGUGGGUUGAAGGUCAAAACCCUCGUCUCGCAUAGCGUUGUGAAUCAGACGCGACUUGGCAAAAUCCGCAAGGCAUACGUCCUUACAAUUGCAGGUAAUGGAAGAGGUUUACUCGGCAUUGGCGAAGGGAAGUCUGAAGAGUACACUGAGGCCAGAAUUCAAGCCCAGUACCGUGCCAUCCGCAACAUGCAGCCUAUCCUGCGAUACGAGGACAGGACUAUCUAUGGAGACGUUAAAGGCAAGGUUGGAGCGGUGGAAUUGAAACUCAUGCAUCGGCCUCCAGGUUUCGGACUUCGAUGCCAACAUCAUAUAUGGGAAAUGUGCCGCGUAGCAGGAAUUCAAGAUCUCUCCGCCCAAGUAACACGCUCCCGUAACCCUAUGAACACGGUCAAGGCUACCUACCAAGCCUUAAUGAGCCAGAAAAACCCCGAGGACAUCGCCCGAGCACGAGGAAAGAAACUGGUUGAUGUGAGAAAGGUUUACUAUGCCGGAAAUGUUUAA